AUGGGCAAAAAAGUCUUGCAAGCCGGCAAUUUCGUUGGCGUGGGAGCUGUCGUGGGCUACGUGAUUUGUCUCUUCUUGCCGCUUCACAAGGCCUACUACACCACGCUGGGCGGCUUAGUGCGCGUGGUGGAUGUGACGACCUAUUCCCUUGCGGCGUACUAUCACUGGCACAGCUCGACGGCAUGCUGGUUCGCCCGCAAGUUGCGGGGUGGUGGCGAGGAAGAGUGCAAUGAUGAUGGCCACGCCUCGGUAUGGCUACAGGACACACAGGCGUCGUUGUGCACGGAGGUGUCGGAUGCGAUCAUCAUGAGUGCUUGCUCAGGGUAUGGGACGGCCUACACCAUCGGCUUGUGCAUGUUUCUAAUCGUGCUUCUGAAUGCCAUUGCCCAGGGAAUCACUUUCUGGCUCAUCCAGCAGUACAUGCACAAGCCGAAGAAGCAGUAUCGGGAAGUGGCAUUCUUCCUUGAUCUCAUUGGCUGCAUCCUCAUGCUCAUUUGUGUGAUUACCUACAUCUUAGCGAUCCAGAGGCUCAGUGCUAUCACCACGCCCGGCGACAUAUUGAUUAGCACAUCAGACGGUAUUGGUGCAUCCUACGGUUACACCUUCCUGUACUUCUUCAUCCUCGUGCACGUGUCAGAUUACAGUGGCAGCGGAGCCGGUGAGCUCCAGCCCAGGGCCAUGAAUGGACCCCCGGGCACCUUUAUGGGCGCCUGGCAGGGAAAAGGAUUCGGCCUUGGGGUUCCCGGCCUGCCUCCUGGUCCGGUGGCGUUUGCGACUGGGACAGCCGCUUUUGGGCACUCCGGCCCCAGCGACGUCGGCCUGCUGCUGUUCCUGGCGCCAGCGUGGCUGGCAGUUUGGCAAAUGUUUUGGGAACUGCCGGGCUACCCGGGAGUUCGUCGACUGGAGAUAACCCCAAAGGGGUGCAAAGUGCCUUUGAGUUGUUGGGCCGAAAGGCCCCCGCUGAUGGAGGUGCUCUUGGACACAAGUGAUGCGAUAGUAAAGGCGCUGACGAUGGCAGUUUCAGGUGAAAGGAAGAUGGUUCCUUCGUGGUCGGGAAGCACCUCGACUUUGCGAGCUUGGUUGCGGCAGCUUAGCUUCUGGGAGUUGGACAAUCAGAUUCCUCGGAAGAGAUGGGGGGUCAAGCUUUUCCAGGCUUUCCCAGAAGGCAGCAUUCCACGCCGAAUCACAGAGAGCUUGCCUAUGGAGGUGAUCCUUUCGGAAUCCGGCUACGGGGCCAUCUUGACGUCGGUGCUGGAGAAGUUCAAGCCUUACUUGGAGGCUGCCGCCCCAGCGGCAGUCGAUGCCUUCUGCUUUCAAGGAGAAAGAUCGCGGAAUGAAACCUUCGCGAACUUUAUUGCGGCCAAGGAAUUGGCGAUGCAAGAAGUGGAGAGCAUGGUCGGCGAGAAAGUGCCGGACAAGACUGCCGGGAGAAUCUUGUUAAGGCAGUCGAACCUCACCGAAGCCCAGCGAGAAACUAUGGCGAUCAAGCAUAACGCCUUGCUGGGGUUCGAGGAGGUGGCUCGGGCUCUUAGGCCUUUGGACCGGCCUGAAGCCUUGCUGAAGCCCAUGGCCGCCACCAACAUGUUGGCCACCGCAGAGCAGUCCAUGAACUACUGGAUCAACGAGGAGGAUUCGCAAGAACUCCCCGAGGACCAGGGCCAGCUGGAUGGGCUGCCCGAGGAGUGGACUGACUACCAGGAGGCGGCGAGCUACUACGAGGAGCCCGAGUGUGACGAGCGUGGUGAGCCUCUUUUGUUUUAUGAGGCCGACAGGGAGUACGACGAGGAGGAGGCUCUGUAUAUUUGGGCCUACAACGAUGCCUACCACCAGAUGUUCGAAGAGCUGCAAGCGCGCCGAAAGGGGCGCCAGUUCUACAAGCCGGCUGAGCAGAAGGGCAAGUCAAAGGGCAAGUCGAAGAACCGGAAAGGCCGUGGACACAACCGCGGCACGGCAGACGACCUCUUGGCGAGGACUCGGUGCUACAGUUGUGGCGAGCUUGGUCACUUCAGCAGAGAUUGCCCAGGCAACCAGCAGGUGCAGCCGGCAGAUGGCAGGACCAACUUUGUGGUCAGCCAAGGCCAGGGUGCAUUGAACCGCACCUUCGUGGCCUCAGCGAGUUCGGUGACUUCGCGUGCGAUCUGUGUUUUCGCAGGUGUGCGCACUGGAGCAGGACAGGGUUUGGUGGACACGGCUGCUGAGGAAGCCGUGAUCGGCAGUGAGGCCUUCUCCAGGCUCCGGGAGACCCUGCAACGGCAGGGCUCUGCUCAGAUCCUCAACAUCUGGGACGUGCCGAUUGGUGUGUGCCAGACCAACGGUCUCCUGCGGAUCACAGAGGUCAAGGACACCGAGGGCUUCGAGACUCCUCUGUUACUGCCGGUUUCUUACCAGGAGCUGGUGGGCAUGGUCAUAGACUUCGAGAAGGAGGAGGUUCGAAAUAGGCAAGGCCGGGCAACGCCCAUGCAAAGGUUGCCCUCGGGACACCGUGCGGUGUCGGUGGUGGAGUUCAACGGUCAGUGGCAGCUGCCUCGCGAGCUUCAGCAGCACGGCCGUGAUCCUUUUCAGCUACCACGGCAGCCGAAAGUGGCAGUGAAAACGGGGCCCGUGCAAAAGCAUCGCGGUGUUACAGUGUGGCUACAGCUUUGUUCACUAGCGGGCCCUCGCUCUAACAUGGUGCUACCUUCGGAGUGUGUGCCACUUGAGUUGCAACCCCACCUGGAGCCCACGCGUGUGACUUUCCUGGACGCUUUGCCCGGACACAUGCCCUAUGUGAUCAAUGAUGUGUGGCAUGGUAAUCUGGGUUCCCGUAGGUUGGACGCUCCAUGGACCGGCACAGUGGUGUUUCAGCAGGUUAGUGCAACUUGCUUCAUCUUCGAGCUCUCCGAUGCAGCCUGGAUCCAGCCAGGCGAGCUGGCGGCUCAGACUCGUCAGGGCAGACGCCGGCGGGGAUCCGACUGGUGUCAGAAGGCAUGGUCUCGACUGGUGCGAAUCAUCAUCCGGAUGAUUGCGACCACCCGCGACCAGAUGGUGAUCGAUGCCCUCGACCGUGGAGCCGGCCUCGAGCUCAGCGUCGUCGGCUGCUGCACCCCCGCCAAGACCGUGAGCUGGCAAGGAGCCCGAGGCAUGUCAGCACCCGGAGGACCAGCUGCGUAUGAGAGGCGGCCAUGGUGGUUCCUGGACGGGGAGCCCUACCAGAACAAGUUCGGCCCAGUCGGGACCACCGGUGCCACCCAGUUCGAAGACGAGAAUGCCGAGAACAUGGCGAACCCGAGCGAGCACGUCGACAAGUCCGGUUCUACGAGGGCCCUGGCAGUGCAGCCCGGGUCUCAGAUCAAGGACUUCGAGCGGGUGGAUGCUCGGGCAGUGAUGCGGUCGUCCCCGCGGGAAUGGGCCGACUACCAGCAGCCCAGCGAUUUGCGAACCGAGGGACCAAUGGCGGCGAGGCGUUCGAGAAGCCUGCCGGCCGGAGUGGUUCCCACACAGGAGCGUUCUCGACGGCGUCAGGUUCAGCUGCGGGAGGGUCCGGCGGAGAUGUACGCCAUCAACGACAGACGACUUGUGAAGACCGAGCCUUCCCUGGAACACACGACGUUUACCAUGCUGGAGAGUGCACCCUUGGCGGUGCGACAAUCCAUGGCACGACGGGGCUACAACCUUUUCUGUGGCCUUGCGAUUCUCCUUUCGACUUUUGGCCAGACACCACCCUUGGCAGCAUCGUUGAAUGCGAAGCUCCCCUUUGACCGGCUGGAGGCUGGUUACGAGCCGGGUGGAGGGUCUGAUGGUUUUCACUUUGUUUUGUUUCGAUUACCUGGGCGCGAGUACAGUGACGUUUUUCUUGGCUCCUUCUUUUGCAGUUCGGUGUGCAAUUUGCCCCGACCAAUGAAGAUCUUCGUCAUGGCUGAGUUGGGCAAGAGCAGUGGUGAUCAACAAGAUAACGAGAAAUCGAGGCCGAAAGAGACUAUCCAACCAGUGAGCAAGACAGCUUUCGGCAGCUCCACCACGGUGUCUCCAGUGGUGACGCUCAUCCAGGAUGGUGGCCUCUCAGAUGAAGGUCCGUAUGGCGGUCGUGUGCUUAGCUUCUUGUACGCCUGGGACUUUCGUCAGCGUCACGCUGCAGUCGAGAUACCUUUGUUGCAGCAGCCAGGGAACAAGAAGCACAUGGGUGCCUCCACAGUGUCAAUGCAGUUGCAGGUCGGCGGCCCGCGCCUUCAUGUGGUGGUCAAUGAUAAGACGUUGGUCCGGAUCUUUGAAGACGUGGACUGGCGUUCGUGCACAUGGGCCACCGCCGACCCCGAGGACCUCGACCUUUGUGUUCGGUCCCUUCUUCAGUGCCUGUGCUUCUCCAAGUUCUGCGAUGGUGUCAACAUGCCGCAAAUUCCAGAUGUCAAGGCGGCCGCAGACAAGCACAGGGCAGCCUUCGACGGCCUUGUACUGGCCGUGCGCACCCAGACGGCGGCCACAAUCCUCGCUUCGGUUGCUUCCUACCAUCCGGGAGGAGAUGAGUGUAACCUGGCAUGGUCAACCUCGCGACCGAAUUCGUUUUCUGCGGCACAAAGCUCAGAGGAACCCAUGGACAUGGACCAAUCUGAUGAAGCUGUGCGAGAAGUACAAGCCAGUCUGCGACCGGUGACGGAGAAUGCCAAGGUGGCCGAAGCAAUGGAGAACGUGGAUGAUUUCCGCAAGCAUGAAGAGACGGGCCGGUUUUCGCUGCACCCUCAUCUUCGUCGAGAGCUGUUCAAGGUGCACCGGAACCUCAACCACCCGGCCAAGGACGUUUUCUUGCGAGCCCUAAGGCACUCUGGAGUACGGGAUGAUGUUCUUCAGUGGGUCAAGGAGUUCUUCACCUGCCCUUUGUGUGAGGCAUCGAAGCGCUCUCUCCCAGCACGACCCGCGCACCUGGCCAAGGCCCUGGAGUUCAACGCCAUUGUGGCGGUGGACCUUUUCUACAUGAACCUCUUCGGGGCCGAGCAGAUCUUCCUCGUGUGCAUCGACUAUGGCACGGGCUACUUGCAGGUGGCGAGGUGUGCGGACGCCAAGGCUAUCACCGUCCGGCAAGCUCUGAGCAAGUUCUGGGUUGCACCUUUCGGAGUUCCGGAACUUCUCAUUUGUGACCAAGGACCUGAGUUUGCCGGUGAGCAGUUCGUUGAGUUCAUGUCCCAGAUGGGUGCGGCGAUCCACUUCACGGACGGGAUGUCGCCGUGGAAGAAUGGAAGGGCCGAGCGGGCGGUCGGCACUGUGAAACAAAAGCUCAAGACGGUGCUCCACGAGACAGCGGCCACGGCCGAGGAGUUGGAUCUGGUAAUCGCCCAAGUGGUCUCGGCCCACAACAGCUUGUUCGACAGGCACGGCUACUCGCCAAAUCAGCGGCUGUUCGGCCGCUCACUGCGGCUACCCGGGUCACUGAUGGCGACCGAUAGAUGGGAUCAAGAGAUGCUCCAAGCAGCCGCCGGAGACCUGGUUCAACGAACCUGGGCUAUCCGAGAUGCCUCUCGAGCAGCCUGGCUGAAGGAGGACGAUGUGACCUCGGUGCGACGAGCUGCAGCAGCUCAGACCAGGCGGUCUGACCUCCACUCUUUCGGCUUCCAGCCUGGCCAAUGGGCGUUUGUAUGGAGGCGCACCGACAACCGCUUUGGCUGGGUCGGACCGGGUGUUCUCAUUGCCAUGACACCCGGCGGGAACUCCUGGUGGAUCAACAUGAGGGGUCGCUUGUGGAAGGUUUCGUCUGAACAGAUGAGGCCUGCGUCUUCCGAGGAGGAGCUCGGUGCCGAACUGAUCGUUGAACUUCAUCGGGACCUCCUCGACCAAAUCAUUCAAGGCGUCAGGACUGGCUAUGAGGAUGUGACCCAGGAGGAGAGUCCGCCUAGCAACCCAGACGAGCUGUUCCCUGAGCUCUUUGCCGAGUCGGACUCUGAGUUGACGCGACCUCCUCAUGAGCCUUCCCAGGAGAACCACGGAGGUGAUGAUCAAGGACCGGCUAUGGCCGAAGUGGACGACGCCUCCGAGGACUUGACGACCACCGUUGGCGAUGUUCGAAGUGAGCGAGCACUUCCUUCGGAACCAAAUAUGAGCCGGCGACAGAGCGCUGUUUCAGUUCCUUCAGCGAGUCCGGCGGCGUCUACCUCCGAAGUCCGGCGGGCCAUUCAGGUCGACGAAGGAAGCAGUGCUCCUAUGCUACUGGGCCCGGUUCGUGAGCGAGUCGGUCCUCCUGUGCACAACCCGUACUACUCGCGGGAAGGCUUCCUGGACGAGGCGAUCAAGCCGUCCAACUAUAUCGAGGUGAUGCAGUUCGAUGGCCCAGAGAUCUCAGGCAUGAACUACCUGAACUGCUCUGGACCAAAAUGGAUCAAGCGCUUGACUUCCGGGCGCAACCACCUCGAGCCUCAGAAGCCCACCGUGCUGUUCCAGGCGACCGAGGCGGAAGCCAGCUACUGCGAGCGGGACAAGUGCAUGUACCUGGCUAAAGCGAAGACUUCGUUCGGCCAGGUGGAGUUUUCGAAGCUGCAAGGUGCAGAACGAGAACUUUUCAGAAAGAGCCGCUCGAAGGAGGUCGAUUCCCUGCUGUCCAACAAGGCGAUCCGUGUUCUCUCGAUCAAGGAGUCUGAUGAGUUUAGGCGGCAGCACCCUGAACAUGUUCUGGAAUCGAGAUUCGUUGAUCGCUACAAACCUACGGCUUUGGACUCCGUGGACAUUGAGCAGGCGAAGAAGGCAGCCAUCAACGAGGGCGACUUGACUCCGCUCCAGCUCACUGAGGACCGCAGCCAACCGAAGUCUCGGUGGUGUGUCGUCGGGUGGGCGGAUCCACAUGUUCACCAGAUUGAACGCUCGGCACCCACGCCUUCGAGUGCUGCUGUGAACACUGUCUUGCAGCUGUGUGCAAGUCGUCGAUGGACGGCGUUUGUCAAAGACGUGAAGACAGCGUUUCUCCAGUCUCGUCCGACCGAUCGCAAAAUCCCUCUUGCGUGCAAUCAGCCAAGGGACGAGUCCUUGCCGGGACUGGAUCCACGCCAGUUGAUACUUCUCUUAACAGAGGUGUAUGGGUUGGUCUCGGGCCCUAGCUGGUGGCGCUCAAGCUUUUUGCAGAAGACCGGGAAGCUCGGCUACAAGAUCUGCCCAUAUGAGCCGUGCAUCCUCGUUCUUCCUGCGGAUGAGCCCAACCAGAGCACCCAGGGCGUGCUUGUCAUCGAGGUCGAUGAUGUGAUCGAGGGUGGAGACCAACACCACAGGCAGCAGAUGGCUUCUCUCGAGGACUCCAUCACCUUCGGCAAGGCGAUCAACCUUCAGGAAAAGGAGUCCAGCUACGCGGGCAAAUCCCUCAAGCAGUUGCCCGACUUUGGGUUCGAGAUCCACAUGGACGAGUACAUCUAUUCACGGAUGUCUCCCGUGUCCUUGACGAGGAAGGUUCUCAAAAAGGACGCUGCUCAGUGCCCCUUGGAUGAGGCAGAGAAAUCACAGCUGCGUGGUGUGCUGGCGACUCUGACAUGGGUCGGAAGAGAAGGAAGACCUGACUCUGCUGCAGCAAGCUCAAUUCUUGCCGCAGCGUUUCCUGAACCGACCGUGGAGACCAUAUACCUGGCAAAUGAAGUUGUGCGGCAGCUUAAACAACAUCCAGUAAGGCUCCGCAUUCGACCGAUCCCGGAGGAUGCCGUGAGGAACGUGCUCAUCUCUGACGCGGCCUUCGACACGUCAGGCCGGGAGAAGUCGCAGCACGGCUUCCUUUUGGGCUUUACCACUCCGGACCUCAACCUUGGAAAGCCGGCCCCGCUGAACCUCAUGCUGUGGCGAUCUCGCAGGCUGCGGCGAAAGGCAGCUAGUUCGAUGUUGUGCGAGGCUCUUUCGCUUUCCGCAGCAACGGCUUGUUUGGAAAAGCAAGAUGCCUUGUGGGACGCGCUCCGGCUUUCCAGCUUCAACCCUCGCCAACGGCAACGACAGGAGGAGGAGGUCUUAGAGCUCCAGGGGCGCUCCACUGUCAUCUCCAGCGAGUCCGACCUGUUUCGGGACCCGCGCAGUGUCGUGGUCAUCGACGCCAAGGCGCUCUACGACAGCCUCCUGAACGACCAGGCGGGCGAGUGUGAACGAUCGAACCUCGAGAUUGCGGUGAUCAAGGAGAGCCUUCAGGUGUGCAAGUCACGACCACGCUGGGUGCCGCACAACAUGAACCCAGCGGAUGCCUUGACUAAGUAUCCAGGAGCGCACCUUGAACCAUUGGUGCGACUCCUCAAGACCGGAAUGUUUCAGGUCACAGAUGAGCAGCAAACGCUGCAAGCCGGAAAGCAGGGCCUGAACAGGCAAAAGCUUUCGAAGUGGGAGGACGCAUCAGGAAACUUUCAGUUUCAGGGGGCUGUGGAAGGCGAAAUGUAA